CAUGAAUGAAUAUCUGGACUCAAAUUUUACGACGACGUGGUUUCCAAGAAAACCUCUCAACCGGACUCAAACAAAUAUGGAAAUUAAUAUAACCUAUGUGGACUUCUAUUUACAUCGACCCUCUAUAUCGGCCCUUUACAUCAUCUCAUACCUUCUCAUAUUUAUUCUCUGCAUGCUUGGCAAUGGUGUGGUUUGCUUCAUCGUUUUAAGCAACAAGCAUAUGCGAACAGUUACCAACCUUUUUAUCCUGAAUUUGGCUUUCAGCGAUCUACUUGUUGGGAUAUUUUGCAUGCCCACAACUCUACUGGAUAAUAUAAUUUCAGGAUGGCCAUUUGGUAACACAGUGUGUAAGCUAAGUGGUAUGGUGCAAGGGAUCUCCGUAUCUGCAUCUGUUUUUACUUUGGUGGCCAUAGCAGUGGACAGGUUUCGAUGCAUUGUUUACCCCUUCAAGCAAAAGCUCACUAUAUCCACAGCUGUUGUAAUUAUAGCUGUCAUCUGGGUGUUAGCAAUUGCUAUAAUGUGCCCAACUGCAGUAAUGUCUCAUGUAAAAGAAGAUUCUCAUUUCAGAGUAAUUCUUGGUAACGGCAAUCAAACAAAUCCUAUUUAUUGGUGUCGAGAGGAUUGGCCUAAUCAAGAGAUGAGAAAAAUGUACACAACUGUACUCUUUGCUAAUAUUUACCUUGCCCCCCUUUCACUUAUUGUGAUUAUGUAUGCCAGAAUUGGUUUUACUUUGUUUAAGAGUGAAUUAAAUGUGGAAGGUAAAAAUCAUCAACAAAGACAUGCAGUUUCCCGUAGGAAGCAGAAAGUUAUUAAAAUGCUUAUUAUCAUUGCAUUGCUGUUUAUCCUGUCUUGGCUACCUUUGUGGACCCUAAUGAUGUUAUCUGACUAUGCCAACUUGUCCCAUAGCCAGUACCAGCUAAUUAAUAUUUAUAUAUACCCUUUUGCACACUGGUUAGCUUUUUUCAAUAGCAGUAUCAACCCUAUUAUAUAUGGAUUUUUCAAUGAGAACUUCCGCCAAGGUUUUCAAGCUGCCUUUAAACUUCAGUUGUGCUCAGAGGAAAUGGAAAAAAGAUCAAUUUAUUCCCACCGAGCACAGGGUAAUGCUAUUUUGCCAGCAACUUCCCAUAACCAAGGGCAACAAGACUCAGCAUUUGUAAGGCAAAGUCAUGAGGAAAAGGUAUCAGAUAAACGAAAGCCCCUAACAAGUGACCAAGAUUUGAUAAUGGAAGACCUAGAAAAAAACUCCAAUAACAAUGGUAUUCAAAAAGACUUGAUUUGAAUAAUAUAGCUUAAAUACAUUAAAUCAAAUGUGUGCACAGUAUUCAAAGACUAAUAUACAGUUUGUUUAUGAUAAAG